CUCCGCCAUGUUGAAUCUCUUCUUGCCCAACUGUCUCUUCACGCGCUGCUGUUUACUGAACCCACGCGCUGCUCUCCCUGCGGUGCGGGGCAGUUUCUCUGCGGGCUGGUGAAGAGAGUGGGGUUAAAGCUGCACGCUGCGGGUAUUAGAGCUCUCCACUCCGGCUUAUUAAUCCGCUUUUUCUCCGGACCGCUGACCCGACCCCUUCAACAGUAAACAGCGGCGGGCUGUUAGCGGUGGUGGCUAACUUCAGCAGCUCGCGCUCAUUAGCGCAAGGUCGUCUGAUGUGGGCGGACAGUCGGUGCCGGUCAGAGCACAGAGCGGGCUGAACCGCGGCGCUGCGCAGCAGCCUGACCCCGGACACCUGAGCCCGGACCCGGCCACACUUCCACACUCUCCCCCCUCCUUUCUCUCCCUCUGCGGUGGAGGAUGCACUAUGCAGCAGCUGCCUCGCUGUCCUUUGGGUCAUUGGGUUUGCUACGACUCUUCGGGACUUCAUGGCCCUGGAGCUUGGCGGCCAGCUUCGGGGUGUACCUAGGGACCGGGGGCUGGAAGUACCUAUAUGUUGCAGUCCGUACUGCCAAGAGGGAUCUGAAUGGACUGUGUGUCCUCCUAAGGGUGAAGCUGGCUCUCUGGCGUCAUGUGCGUAACGGCAACACAAUACCCUCAAUCUUUGCCCAGACAGUGAAACGGCACCCAAAUAAGCCUGCUCUCGUGUAUGAAGCAACAGGGGAAACAUGGACAUUCUCCGAGCUUGACCAGUUGUGCAACGCUGUGGCCCACUGGGCCCUCAGCCAGGGCUGGACCUCGGGGGAUGUUGUGGCCCUGUUUAUGGAAAGCAGACCACUUCAGGUGGCCCUCUGGUUGGGCUUGGCUAAAAUUGGCGUGGAGGCAGCGCUGAUUAACUUCAACCUGAGGCGGGACUCUCUCUUACACUGUUUGGGGGUCUCUGGAGCCCGGGCUCUUGUUUUUGGAGCUGAGCUGGCUGAUGCCGUGUCUGAGGUGAACUCUGCCCUCAGCACGUCUACAAUACGCUUCAGUACUGGAGAUCUAAAGCCUGAUGUGAUGAGUGUCCUCGAUGCCAAGCCUCUGGAUCCUAUACUGGCUGCUUCUCCACGUCACCCUCCCCCUUGCACCCAUUCAAAGGGAUUUAAUGACCGUUUGUUCUAUAUCUACACCUCUGGUACCACUGGACUUCCCAAAGCUGCUAUUGUGGUACACAGUCGGUAUUUUAGAAUUGCUGCUUUUGGGUACUUUUCCUUCCGAAUGCAGUCUGAUGAUAUUAUCUAUGAUUGCUUACCGCUCUACCAUUCUGCAGGCAACAUAAUGGGUGUGGGUCAGUGUGUAAUACACGGGCUGACCGUGGUGGUGAAAAAAAAGUUUUCAGCGAGCCGCUUCUGGGACGACUGCAUCAAGUACAACUGCACUGUGGUGCAGUACAUAGGGGAGAUCUGUCGUUACCUUCUUUCCCAGCCGGUGCGUCCGUCAGAGCGAGGGCACCGCGUACGACUGGCCGUGGGAAACGGUCUCCGCCCCAGCGUAUGGGAGGCCUUCACUGAGCGCUUCGGCAUCAAGCAGAUUGGAGAGUUCUAUGGAGCCACUGAGUGUAACUGCAGCAUUGCUAAUAUGGACGGCAAGGUGGGAGCCUGUGGCUUUAACAGCAGGAUUCUGCCCAACGUCUAUCCGAUCCGGCUGGUGAAAGUAGAUGAGGAGACCAUGGAGCUGGUGCGGAACAAGGAGGGACUCUGUGUGCCAUGUCGACCUGGAGAACCAGGGCUCCUGGUGGGCAAAAUUAACCAGCAAGACCCUCUGCGGCGCUUUGAUGGAUAUGCUAAUCAGGAGGCCACCAGAAAGAAAAUUGCUCACAAUGUCUUCAAGCCAAACGACUCGGCCUACCUGUCAGGUGAUGUUCUGGUAAUGGAUGAACUGGGGUACAUGUACUUCCGGGACCGCAGCGGCGACACGUUCCGGUGGAAGGGGGAGAACGUCUCGACUACUGAAGUGGAGGGAACGCUGAGCGGCCUCCUCGGCCAGACCGAUGUAGCAGUAUACGGAGUCUCUGUGCCAGGCGUGGAGGGGAAAGCUGGUAUGGCAGCGAUUGCAGAUACAACAGGGAGCUUUAAUGGUGAAUCUUUUCUGAGAGAAGUCCAGAAGGCCCUGCCGCCGUAUGCUCGACCUGUCUUCCUCCGCAUCUCCCCGCACGUGGACACUACUGGCACAUUUAAAAUCCAGAAGACCAGGUUACAGAAGGAGGGAUACGACCCUCGUAUCACAGCUGACCAGAUCUACUUCCUGAACUCCAGAGCCGGACGAUAUGAGGUUGUAAACGAGGAGCUGUUUAGUGCCUUAGAGGGAGGUAGGGUAUCUCUCUGAGAGAUUGAAGAGCAGGUGUGGUGAGCUGUGGUGCUUCAGGGAUGAGAAAUGCAAAAGGACUCUGCUGUGAUUUGUACUGUUGACGUGUAGUCAGCCCAUGUUUAGCACUCUUGAACUGAAUAGCACUACAUUUACAAGCUUUAUGCUAUUUUAGUGAGUGCACACUGUGCCUUUUGCAUCGCACCUUGGAUUUAAGGAGUACCUCGAAUGGAAACUCUGUUACCAUCUAAAGAUAUGCUUUUGAUAUGCAAGAUUAUUUGUCAGAAGGGCAUAAAACACUCUUAAAAAUAAAGGUGCUUUUAAAUGUUUACUUGAUUGAUGCCAUAGAAGAACCACUUUUGGUUCCAUGAAGGACUGAGAUUAUAAUACAGAAGUAUGGAUGUGAAAAAGCUUAUAGUUCAAGGACAGAAUUAAACAAAACUGUUGGCGGACGGGUUUAGAUUCUUAGGCGGUCCUGGGGUAUUUUUCUCUGUAAUUUUAUUCCUGUCCGAACAACCAUGUGUGUGUUUUCCUCAGACGUCCUCUGAGAAAAUUACAGGCUGAAUUAUGUACUGUUUUUGGCUGAACUCUGUGGUCCUCCGGUAAUUUUAGUCCCGUCCGGAUCCACAUGUCUUGAGUUUCGUCUCCACGCGUUUAAUAAAAUAGCUAUUUGUUCACUGCCAUGCACCGUAAUUAAACUUUGGGUGUACAUUUCCAAGGAGAUCCACAUAAACUCAACGGCAACUGGAAAUGGAGGAGCUACUGAACGCAAUGUCAUGUGACUGAGAAAAAAAAAUAGCCAAAAAAAAAAAAACACUGGUCCUCCUGUUUUUUCAAUUUUUCAAUUGCAAGAGUUUUAGCACUGAGUAGAAGUGUGAAAUAUUUUUCACAGACGUCCCCUGAGAAACUAAUCCCGUUCGGAUAGGGCUUAUGUAUUGGUUUCAGCCAAUGUAUAGCCAAAAUGUUUCUAUUUCUAUAUUUCUCUCUAUCCUGAGAGCUGAUCAGAUCAUAUAUAUAUAUAUGCUGUAAUAAAGAUUGCAGCAGCUCUGUGCAAGACACAAUGUAGGCACUUUUUCGAAGCUGCAGCUAAAUGUUACUAUGGAACUGACACAAAUGACUGCUGAUUCUCAAUAAAGCCAGCAUUGUACUCUGUAAUCUGUGAGCUGGCUCCACCCAGUCAGUCUGACAUUUUUGUAUUUUAAUAUUUUUUGUUUAUACCUGCAUCUGACUCAAACUGUCACAUUUGUAAAAUGUGUAAAAACCAACGCACAUCAUGGAGUCUUUGAACAUCAUGCACUGGAUACCCCUCUUGAGAGUGUAAGUAUCAGAACACAGCUGUGCUAGUAAACAGACCACAUUUUAAUCAUGACCCAAGUGCAGCAGCAACUGGCUAAGGGAAAAUCAUGUUUCAUAUUUUUUAGUACUGUAUAAGCAGCUCUUUCAGCUGUGUUUCUACUUAGUGGUUCACAGUGCAGCUAUGUAUGGAAAAGCACAGCUCUCUCAGGCAGGGGUUUAUUUUAUGUGUGUUUGGUUCCAAAAAGUUAAGUGCAUUUCAUUAUAAGAUGAUACUGGAACAUUUAUAAAAGCAAGGAUUACCUAAAAAAUUUUACUUUUAUCUGUGAGUGAUUGAUUUAUUGAUCAUUUUGAAAGACAAUUGGCAGUCAGCAUCAGCCCCAAAAACACUGAUUAACAUUGAUCUGUAUAAUUAUUAUAUAUAUCUUUUUUUUCACAAAUCCUUACCAUUGUUUUUUACAGAGCUAAAAGUAGUUCUUCUGUGGCAUCGCUCAAUAAAGCAUUUCAAGCACCUUUAUUUUUAGGAGUUUACUUCACAAGAACAAACUGAGCCUGCUAAAGAGUGUACAUGUUCUGCCUAACCUGAAAAAAGUAGGUAAAACUACUGAAGAGCAGCUUUCGUACUGAAGAUCUUUUUGAGCACAUGACCUAAACUUGUGUGAACAUAAGUAAAUGAUUUAUACACCAGUAAAAGCACAAAAGCAGCUUUUUUAAAAUACAGCUGGCCCUAAUAGAGAUUAACUUUUAAGUUUAGGUUGAUUAGUCUUACUUUAGUCUUACGAAUGCUGCCCUUCAGUCGAGUUUUACUGAAAAGUGUUUUUAGGGAUGUUUAUGUAGAUGAAGGGAAAUACUCUCGAGAGUAUCUGUACUCCCUGUUUGCUUCUCAUUUUUCCUAUAAAUAACAGGACAUCAUGCACUGACCUCAAAGGAUGGCUGCUCAGAGUAACUAUUAUUAAUUAAUUCAUUUUCUGACCGUUUUUAGGCUAAAUGCAAAAAUAGAACAUUUUUGGUAAAUCUCAUUAUUUCAUUUUUUUAUGUAGUGCAAUGUACAAAAAAUACAUUUUCAUCCAUUUUUCCAAUUUUAUUUUUUUCAUCUCUGACCCUCACAAUCGGAAUUUCAGGAAAAAUGAAAAAAAUAAUCUCUUUCCUUUAUUUUCUGAUUUUCUUUUUUUUUUUUUCAUUUUGCAAGUUGGAUUAUAUAAUCAGAUUUGUGUUACAAGAUACAAAAAUAGACAAAUCUAAAAAAAUCGAGAGAGGAUUUAACUUUUUCUAAAAAAAAAAAUCUUAACAUUCUGUUUGUGAAGGGCCGAUAUGAAAAACUAGAUAAUUAACAAAAAUGGAUAAAAACACAUUUCUUCUUUACUCUACUGUGAAUGAGGGGAAAAAAACUAAUAAUUAAGUUUUUUUUACCCAAUUUUCUAUUUUCGAAUUUUGCUUGAUACGGUCAGAAAUUAAACUGCUAAACGUUACACUGACCGUGACUGAAUUUCAGUUUUAUUUUACCCCUUUUUGCUGAAAGUGCUUCUCACUGUUCUGCCAUGUUUUUGUUUUGUUUUGUUUCUGAGCGAAGUGCUUUUUAAGUAUUACCUGAAAACUUUUAUAAGCGUGUUUAAUUUACCCUCUUGAGAUUUAUCCCUGUAUGUGAUGCCAAACACUAACCAUAAGGUUUUUCUCCAUGGUGACAACAUUUUACAAGUGUGUAUUCUUCUAUACACAUCUAAAACAAAGUGCCUUAAAUCCCCCAGUCUGCGGAGACCGGCUGGAGAAGAUUUAUUUGGUUUAUCAAGUUCAGUGCCUUCAACAAGGAGAUUGUUACAGUUUAGACAAUUUACAGUGAACACUAAUUUUUAAUGUGAUCAUGUAGCUCAGUGUGAACAGUGACCCUUGAGUUCUCUUCUCUUUUGACGUUUGAAUUGAAAUAUGAGAUCAAAUUAAAAUAAAUGUUCUCAAAAAGAUUAAACUUGUUUUUUCUGGUUUUAAA